UAGAGGGUAAGACGGAUGGUGCCAGUUAGUGCCAGAACGUACACUGGCGUCAAGUCUAUUAUGAGCGACGCCUCCAGUUCGUGUCAAGCGAGCGUCGUGUGUGAGAACGUCAUCCUGAUCAACCAGCCACACCUUGAACAACAUACGAGAAAUCUGAAUUUUCGAUACUUUGUUCGCACACUUUCUGGCUCUGGCAGGCGGGACAGGGAUAAAUUGCACUUAACCACUUCACCUUUUAUCACUCUUCGUGCUGCAGCAAGUCACGGUAUCAUGCUACUCACCUGCCCGGAUACUGGUGAUAGGCAAGUGCUGUUGGGAGAGAGCAUUGGCAUUGGUCUGGCAAUAGGUCUUGUGUGUGGCGUUAUCUUUAUUUCCAUCUUCUUCAUUGUGUAUCGGUCCAGUUACAUACAAAAUUUGGCUGCCAUGAAGAAGGAUACUAAGUUUACAGGAUGCAAAAACAGAAAAGUGGUCACCUCGCACACUUCUGGUGAGCCACAAGAAGCACAACCCUAUCAGACAAGAACAGAAAUCAUAGAUGAUAAGAAAAGGCAACACGAGAAUAUAGCAGUCCGAUACAAGAACCAACAACAGGAGGAAGAAAUCAAUGUAUCAGAAACCGAUUACCAGAACACUGACCAUUAUCCUCAUGGAUAUGAUAACAACUACGAUCAACCAACAUACGAAAAUGUAGCAGAUAUGUCAAACUAUGAAUAUGAAUACGAUUAUAUUGCGCCUUCCACAGUUCAGAGAUGGUAUGACGAGGCUCAGUCUAGUGAGGGGUAUGUACACAUGCAAUCGCCUCGCCAGACUUAAGGGUAUGACAGUCCGCCUUCAGGUCAUCACAGCGCACUGCCAAGCCCCCACACACUACCACUCCGCCCACCGUUGCCAUGCAUCAAGUGUGGAGCUCUUUGUUCUCCCUUCCAUCCUGCCCACAGUACCUCCUCUCUCUCUCUCUCUCUCUCUCUCUCUCUCUCUCUCUCUCUCUCGGUGGUUAAGCGUGCCGUUGUGAACUAUUUUCAAUUAUCUUUAUUUACCUUUUCAAUGGAUUGCUUCAUUAAACUCGUAACUUAAUUAGAGAGAGAGAGAGAGAGAGAGAGAGAGAGAGAGAGAGAGAGAGAGAGAGAGAGAGAGAGAGAGAGAGAGAGAGAGAGAGAGAGAGAGCGUAAAGGCCUGUGUGAUGUGGUGCACAGUACAAGUGAGCUUCUAGCUAUCUGGUGUUGUUUCCUUUGUAAAUGCCAGCCCUUUAAUGUCGGGUUUCCGUUGCACUUUGACACAUAGAGUGCUCUCCUACAUUUGCGUGGCCGUUCAUUCUCUGGUUUUUCUUUUCGCAGGAAUUUUUACUAUCAAUAAUUAGUAUACUUGGUUAUUCAGCAAUUGUACUCAUUAGAUUAUUCGAUUAACAUUUUUUUUUCAAUGUGUAAGCGAAAUUUAGUUUGCUUAAGUCACGUAUACAUUUAUCCACGUUUUCUGUUUCGUUGCCUUCCUGUAUCUAUUUGUUCGUUGGUCAUCUUUACUUGCUGUUAGUCUUUGUUUGUUUACCUACUUACUUGUGAUUUCCUUGCAAGCUUAUCUAUGCACUAAUGUGUUACUGUGUUCACUGGUCAACAGCAAUUCAUCUACUUAUCACUUGUCACCGAGUCUAAACAUAAUUAUCUAUGUCCGUCUAUUUGUCUAUCUACGUAUCUAAUGUAUGCAGAAAGCAAUGUAUAUAUCGUGUACAUUGUGUUUCUAUUCUGAUUUGUGUAGUUAUGUCUUUCUAACAGUUUUUAAGAGUUGCUUCAGUAAAUAAUAAACAUGAAUGUAUUCA